CAUCUUCGUCUGCGGCAUGCAACUGGUUUGCGUGCUGGAGAGGCAAAUAUUUGACUUCCUUGGAUAUCAGUGGGCACCUAUCCUGGCAAAUUUUGUACAUAUUAUUAUCGUCAUUCUUGGUUUAUUUGGAACUAUUCAGUAUAGACCUCGUUACAUAAAAGGGUAUGCUGCCUGGCUAGUCCUGUGGGUUACGUGGAAUGUGUUUGUCAUCUGCUUCUAUUUGGAGGCUGGGGACCUCUCAAAGGAAACAGACCUUAUCCUGACUUUUAAUAUUUCAAUGCACCGAUCUUGGUGGAUGGAGAAUGGACCAGGAUGUACGGUGACAUCAGUGACACCUGCCCCAGACUGGGCCCCAGAAGACCAUCGCUACAUCACGGUCUCAGGGUGUUUUCUGGAGUACCAGUACAUAGAAGUGGCUCACAGUUCCCUGCAGAUUGUCCUCGCACUGGCAGGGUUCAUCUACGCCUGUUAUGUUGUGAAAUGUAUAACUGAAGAAGAGGACAGCUUUGACUUCAUAGGCGGCUUUGACUCUUACGGCUACCAAGGGCCUCAGAAGACGUCUCACUUGCAGCUACAGCCCAUGUACAUGUCAAAAUAAUACAGAUGGCUUCAUAAUGUCAGCUCCUGGACCUUACAAAAAACUUGUUUCGCAGCGGCCUCCUGCAUUUUAUGAAGAGCAAGAAACAACUGAGUUUAAAUAUACACACAUAUUGACAAAACAAGCACCAAGCCUCGCGUACACUGGGACACACACACAAACACACACCGAGGCGCACGCCGACUCCGCUCGGCCUCCUUUUCCAACCUGAGAUAAAUAGACAAACACGCAGGACGCGCCCGCCUCGGAUCUCCCGCAAGCAGGCCCCGCCCUCCCAGGCCUCUGGAAAGUGCAAAGGGCACGAGCUGGCGUCACCUGCUGCCACCCCUGGCUCUGCGGCUCGGCCCCUGGGCCCCUGUGAGCCCGAGAGUCCUGUCUUCUGCACUCCACACGUCUUGACAGCACCGCGGCUCUGUAGGCAGCGACACUGCGGAAACGAACAAACGAAACCUGCCGUGAGGACCCUGUAGCCAAAGCCCGAAAUGGCAGGUGGUUGCCCUAAAGGCUGUACCGUGCAUACUUGCCUUAACCCACCUCAGUUGUGCGCCCGAGACUCUCAGUGCAGAACAUCCCCGAGUCACUUCCUUUAGGCUAACACACUGCUGUUAAUUCCGAACGAGUCUGAGUCUGUAUGUUUUAUGUCAGGAAACGAGACUGAACAGCCCAGCAGCUCCAGUGUGUCUGUGUGCAAAAACUGCCAGCUGUCAGCAAAGUGCUUUACCGCUGAGCCUCCAUGGGGGCCAAAAGACACAAGGAACAGUAACAACAACAAUAAUAACCGUCAUCUUUGUAAUUCUUAAAUAUGGUCUCCUGACGGGAUUGGGUGGGAUAAAGUAAAACUUAAUAAUCUACUACAAUCGUUAAUCUACUGGAAGCAGAAAGCAGAAAUGGCAUAACUCACUGGUUUUAUUUAUCGCACUCUAGGUGCUUUUAUAAGUAUCUACAAAUGUCUUACACUAACACAGAAACAGCUGUGGAUUUCUAUCAACAGAGGCCAACUGAAUACGUAUUAGCUAUGUUUACUCUUUUAUAUCUAAUUCAAAUGGAAGACCCUAUGUAGGUGAACUUUUUUCCUAACUUCAGCGUAUGAGAUUAUUUUUGGGGUGGGCGGGGUGGGGGGAGCAAUAGUUACCUUGGUGAAAUAUUUGAGAUCUCUUUGUGGUGACUGGGGGAUCUGUUGUGUGUUAGAGUGUACUUUAAUCCUCCUGUAUUAUUGUGGCAGAAAAACUGUGCUGUUAACGUAGUUGGCAACAAGAUGCCUUUGGAAACUUAAUAGUAGGUCAAUGUGUUUAUGGAAUAUUCUGAAUUUCUAGGAAAUUUUGUUCUCUAUAUUCAAGCAUUAUUUGGUUUUCAUUAGUGAGAAACAUAAUUAGCUCAGGCUUGUCAGGAACUCAGAUGAGUCAUGUUUUUUUUCUUGGAUCCAUCUGAGACAUGAAAAUCUAUUUUUUAAGAUGAAUAUACCAUCCUUCAAUGCAGCGAAAUUCAGACCUGAAAAGUUAUACAUUGGCAUGAAGCAACUUUUUCUCUUGGUUUCUAUGAAGUUUCAGUUAUUGGGUUAACCUACCUUGGACCUUAUUCCAUCCAGAACUACAUAAACCAGCCCCAUUACCGUGUUGCAUGGAUAUCUAUGAUAUACACGCAUAUACACUUGAAAACGAUAAAGGAACAAAGGUUCCUAUUGGAACAUAAACUACAAAAAGAGGGUUCCAGCACUUGUGCUUGAAUUUCCUCAGUGGCUUUUAUAUGUUUGUCCAUACAUACAUGUAUAAAAACAUACAAUUGCAAACAUGUCAGUGAAACCUCAUCUGAUGAUUUUUAUAGUGACAUGCAUGUUUAAUAUAUGAAAAAAAGUAUUUACCAAUGUAUUGUCCUUUGAUUCUUAAAAUACAAAUACUCUACAUGCCAGAAUCUAAUAUAACUGUUACUGUGACUAUUAAAAUGAGGUUUCACUCUACAUUCAUGCUGUGAUCGGACUCCACCUUCUAGGACAUGUAUAUGGAUUGGAAUUGAAAUGCACAGAGAAUAAGCCCUCAUAGUCCUGCCUUAAGUUGCAGCCAACUUACCACCUAAUCACUACUAUCAUCACCACCAAAAUUUUCAAAAACAGUUGUUGACUACUAAAAAGUAAUCAGUGGACAGGUCGUUUCUGGGAGCAGUGAGCACAGUAGUGUGGUUACAUCUGGGGAAACAUUGAAGUUGUACAGCUGUACCCUCCUCAAAAUCCAGUGAAGAAUGCUAUUUUUCUAGGCUGAGCUUUUGUUAUAAACCUAAUAUUCAGAAGGCAAGAGUUACAAACCUGAUGUGUCUUUUCCCUUUUUUUUUUUUUUUUGCGUUUGUUAAUUCUGAAUGUAUUUUUAAUAGAGUGAUUUUUUUGACUUACUAGUGUAAUUUGCAUUUUAAAAAUAAAUGGAAAAACAAUUA